UUCACUCACACCCCGCUCUGUUUUCUCGCCUUUUUUCUCUCCAAUCCAUUUUUUUCCCUUCCAAGGGUCAAACUACUUAAACAAAACACCAUUUUGAGACCAAUACAAAAAUGGAUUAGCAUACUACUCGAACUCUGGGUUUUGGCUUGGUUUUGUUCAGGUGUUCAUCCGAAAAUACAGGACAGGAGAAAUAAGAAGAAGAAAAAAUGCUUCAAGAGGUUGGUUUUGAUGGGAUUUCCGUGACAGGAAAUACGGAAAGUGGUAGUGAGUCUUCUUCUUCUGCUUGUUCUGAGCAGUUUCAGAAUUCAAUGCAUGAGUCUAUCAACUCUGGUUGUCAUUAUGAUGAAAUCUCACAAGCUGCAAAUAAGAGGCUUAGAGAAACUCCAAUCGACUCCAAUGAAAAGGCUCAACUGGCUCAAACCCUUCUAAGCUUAUCACCACUUGGUUUGUCACUUGGGAAGACGCCCUCUUUCUUGGACUUGAAAGAAGAAUUGCCCCGGAAACGAAAGAGUAAGCGUGCAGCUGAAGUUAACGUUCAAUCGAUGUCCGAGAAGGAAAAAUUGAAAGCAUCUAACUUCUGUGCCUCGUUACUCAGAAUUGGUUCAUGGCAGAGAGUAAGUGAACAUGAAGGAGACCUGGUUGCAAAGUGUUACUAUGCUAAGCGAAAACUGGUGUGGGAAAUAUUGGAUAGUGGUUUGAAGAGCAAGAUUGAAGUGCAGUGGUCUGAUAUUAUCUCUUUGAGAGCUGUCAUUGAAGAAAACCAACCUGGCAUUCUAGAAAUUGAGCUAGGCCAGCCACCUACAUUUUAUCGAGAGUCUAAUCCACAGCCAAGAAAGCACACCAUGUGGAAUCCCGCAACAGAUUUCACCAGCGGUGAAGCUCUCAUUCACAGGAGGCAUUAUCUUCAGUUCCCGCCUGGUUUGCUUGACAAGCACUAUGAGAAGCUUAUACAAUGUGAAAGCCGGUUUUUAGAGUUGAGCCAAAGACCUUUCCCAAGCCAAAGAUCUCCGUACUUCCGAUCACACAAUGGAGGUGCAAAUAUUUCUUUUGAAUUUGGUAGCCAUGGAGCAGAAAUCCCCUCCAAGUUACCGUUACAAGUCCCAAUACAUCUGGAUCCUCAACAAAUUCAUACAUAUGAACAAACCAACCCAUCUCUUUGUUACACAGAUUCUACUUCACCAAUAUCAGUUAUGGAUUUUUCUUCGCCUUUAGAUGAGGUCAUCGGCAACCAAGGAGUUGAAAAUCAGUGUAUGCCAUCAUCAUGGGAUCCGCAAGUCAUUGCAUAUCUUCUAGGGAGAGAUCAAAUUCCAGCACCGGUUUCUACAGCAGAAGCUCAGUUCAAUUCAGCUAUUCCUUGCCAAAACUUCAAUGAACCAAUACCUUAUAAUCAAGAGUCCCAAAUGCUGUUCAAUAUCGAAAAGCAGUUGUUCAGUCACUUGCAGAUUCAGUGUCACAGCAAUUCACCAGGCUCAUCAAUAGCAAUUCCAGAGAAUUUGAAUCAUGGAGCGAUUACUGGUACUAAUAAAACAGGCUAUGACCAGGAAAUGAGUGCUAACACAAACUUGAUUCCGGGUGCAAGGGAUCAUACAGGCCAGACGCUUCCAUUAGGCUGGGUGAUGGCACCUCUACCAAACAGCUGGGGUAUGCCGCCUCAAGUUGUUCCUUCGAGGCACUCAGGAAUGCACCCAGCUGACAGCUCGAGGUAUUCAUCUUUCAAUCAAAAUCCAACAACAGAUGACUUUGCUGCUUUCAACAACUCGGAGAACCGCUGGAGAUGACUGCCUCACAAGGAUCAAACAAAUGGGAAGAUCUACAAGGGAUGAGUGUAUUAUAUUUCUCAGCUUCAGCCCUCUGUUGGGUUUUUGUUUUAAUCUUUUCUGUAAAAUUCUAGUUCAGCUAGAUCAGGCAGUCUGAUGCCCCCCUAUAGCUUUAGUUAGUGUCUAGCAUUUCCUUUCUGAAAUUGAUUUACUCACAAGCAUUGAGCAUUGGCAA